ACUUGUAGACUCGGCGUUUCUUCGAUCAGAAAGGAAACAGACUAAUUCUGUACAGCAAUGUUUUGAGCACACACCUAGUAUACGGCAUAGUUCCCGUAUAUCGAGUUAAGGGAACAUCUUUUGAUAGUGGGCGAGGGGCAAUCUUGGGUUCGGUACACGGGCAUGGCAACAGUCGAGAAUGAUCCGAAGGCGAGCGAAGGCGGUGCCGCAGCAUUCUCGAAGGUCCACAGUCCUAUCUGGAGCGAAUAUCAACUUCGAAAGUAUCCUUUCCAGACCAGACCGAUACCCAGACUCUCUCACACGGAUCCUAGAGCGGAGAUGCUCAUAAACAACGAGGAACCAUUGGUUUUAACAGACACCAAUCUAGUUUAUCCAGCUCUGAAGUGGGAUGUCGCGUACCUGCAGGAGAACAUUGGGAGCGGGGACUUCUCUGUGUACAUAGCGGAAAACCACAAAUUCCUCUACUAUGACGAGAAGAAAAUGGCCAACUUUGAGAACUUUUUACCCAAGUCUAGACGGAUAGACAUGAAAUUCUCUGAUUUUGUGGAGAAAAUGGAGAAAACGCAGGAAGAGGGAGGAGACGAGAGGGUGUACCUGCAGCAGACCCUGAACGACACUGUGGGCAGGAAGAUCGUGGUGGACUUCUUGGGUUUCAACUGGAGUUGGAUCAACAAGCAGCAGAGCAAAAGGAACUGGGGCCAGCUCACCUCCAACCUGCUCCUCAUAGGAAUGGAGGGCAAUGUUACGCCAGCCCAUUAUGACGAGCAGCAGAACUUCUUUGCACAAAUCAAAGGUUACAAAAGGUGUAUCCUCUUCCCUCCGGACCAGUUUGAGUGUCUCUACCCCUUCCCUGUUCACCACCCCUGUGACAGGCAGAGCCAGGUUGACUUUGAGAACCCUGACUAUGAGAGGUUUCCCAACUUCAAGAAUGUAGUGGGCUAUGAGACUGUGGUCGGCCCCGGAGAUGUUCUUUACAUCCCCAUGUACUGGUGGCACCACAUUGAGUCCCUGCUGAGUGGUGGCGUGACCAUCACUGUCAACUUCUGGUACAAGGGUGCGCCAACGCCCAAGAGGAUAGAAAACCCACUGAGAGCCCAUCAGAAGGUGGCAAUCAUGAGAAACAUAGAGAAGAUGCUGGGGGAGGCACUGGGAGACCCACACGAGGUUGGUCCUUUACUGAAUAUGAUGAUCCAGGGCCGAUAUGACCAGGGAUUCAGCUAGAGGUACUGCCGCAGAACUGUUGCCAAACUGCUGCAUGUGUGUGUGUUCAGUACACACGCCUGAUUUGUGUGUAUGUAGGCGAGCAUGUGUAUAUGUGUGUGCGCAUUUGGGCUGUCAAGCUAGCAGUGCAUGGCAACACUGAGUCACCUUGAGAGACUUGGCCAAUCACACUUUCUGCUCUGCUUUGAUUGUCUGGGAACCAUAGUCAUCGCAACCUCCGCCACCAGUGGGAAGACAAUAGUGGAUGGACAGACUAGCCAUGGACACCCCCAUGCAGUAUGCCGUCAGAGACUGAUACUCUGUUGAUGAACUGUGUAAACUACAUAAUGUAGAGUUGUGGUAUUUGUGUGUGAGUCAAGUGAUGGGUAGCUGUGUAGGUAUCAAAGAAUAACCCCCAAAUACCAUCAAGCCUGUUAACUUGCACAAAUCUUGCCAUUUCCUUCGACCUUUCAUCAACGAGCUGUUUUCACUCAUAGGACUAUUUCCUUCGACCUUUCAUCAACGAGCUGUUUUCACUCAUAGGACUAUUUCCUUCGACCUUUCAUCAACGAGCUGUUUUUACUCAUAGGACUGCUGCUGACUUUGUUUUUUGUUUGUUGCACCAUUCUUGGUCAAUUCUAUACACUGUCCUGGAGGGCGGCCUUUCUGAGAUACUGGAUCCGGCGCCCCUGGUACCAACGAUCAUACCAUGCUCAAAGUCGCUGAGGUCACUUGUUUUGCCCAUUCUAACAUUCAAUCAAACAGUAACUGAAUGCCUCGAUGUCUGCCUGCUUUAUAUAGCAAGCCAUGGCCACGUGACUCACUGUCUUAAUGAACGAUUCAUAUUUGUGAAUGGGGUGGUGUACCUAAUAAACUGGCCGAUGAGUGUAUCAACUGAAUACAUUUCUAGUACCUAAAGUAGGCCUAUUUAUUUUGUGACAAACUUCUAAAUGAAUUUACUGCACGUUCACCCUGAAAGGGAUGAGUCAUAUUUUGGUUAUUCUGUUGAUUUAAUUGUUGACCGUCAGUCAGUAAGCUGACUUGUUUCUGUAUGGUAUUAGUUUUUAGGAGCGAUCAGCAAAAAACAAAUUAUAUUGUGUUUUAUAAACACUGAAAGAGCGCUUGAUUGUGUGAUUGCCUGUACUUGAUUUAUUUAAUUUAAAUGAUUUCUGAACAUUUCUAUGUUAUAAGUAUGUUUUGUAUGAUGGUUUGUGUACAUUUAGGCAUAACUGAUUUUCUGUUGGUGUGUUUUGAAUUUAUGUUAUUAUACAUGGUACAUUUUAAGUCAAGAUUGAGGAUGGUCUAAAAAGUAUUUUAACUUAAUCAAUUGCAAUUGCAAAGUAAAAUAAGAAUAUAACAAGUGUGUGUGCAUGCAACCACACUCAGUGUGUGUCAGUAGAGUUGAAUGAUGGUUGUUAUUGUGCAAUUGUCAAGUGUUUCCAGUGAACACUUCACUUAAACAGGUGCAGUUUAGAAUAUAUGACCGAUUUUAAAGCACAUAUUGGAGGCAUCCCAAAUCGUAAAAUCGUACCCUUUCCCCUGUGGGCCCUGGUCAAAAGAGGUGUACUUUAAAGGGAAUAGUGUGCCAUUUGGGACUUAGACCUAGUGCUGUGUUCCAAACCAGGUGUGUCCUUCAGGGUUGGCUGUUUUCAUUUCAAUUCAGUCAAAUCAGGAAGUUAACUAUUCUCAUUUUAAUUUUUCAAAUUGACCCAACCCUGGUGUCAUAGAACCGUUAAGGUGGUUUCAAGUUAAUGGAGUAAAUAAGUAAAUUACAAGUAAACAAUGUUCUUAAAGCUGUAUGUGUGGGUAGGGCUUUGGCAGUCAUGACAUUUUAUCAGCUGGUUAUUGUCAUGCAAAAGAAUAUUAAUUAACAAUAACACGUUUAGCAUCUCCGGGCCUCUAGGCAUACAAGCCUUGAUGCGCGCCUUUGGAACAUCUACAUUUAAAAAAUAAAUUUCAUAUACACCAUCACAAUAAAGCCAUUUUUUUAAAUUUGUCAGUUCUAAAGAAAUGUAUUUCUGAAGAACAGAUAUGACUUGGCCAACAGUAUGUUAUCUGGCUAUUCUCCAUGCCAUAGGCUUGUUAAUUUAGCUGACAAGAUAUGCUUAUAAGUGCCGUGCCAUUAUUUUAUAGUAAGAUGAAUAUAAUUGAGCUUUGCUAAAUAACGUAGAAAAUUAUAUUUUUCCAUUCCGGAGCGAGUGCACAUAUGAAGUGGCUAUGUUUAGCGUAAAAGUGAUAAUUUGAAACAGGUCCUAUAUGCUAGAUUUAUUGUUAUUUGGCAACUUGAGUCGUGAAUGAUGCAAACCGUAUGAAUCAAAACAUAUAUAUGGCCUGCAUGAUGUGACUAUAUGCUAUUUAUCAUUUGAGAGUCGCAAGCCAGUUUGCACGCUGUUCCUUGCCUCAUGCUGCACAGCUGUUCUUUCAUCAAGUGAUCAUAUUUUCACCCAUCAGAUUGUUCCUCAUCCAGGCAUCACACGUGGUGUUGAUGUGCCUCUUUAGUGGCCUGUAGACAAACAUGUCUAAGGGCUGAAUCCGAUGAGAGCAAUGGGGUGGGAAUGACAGCAUAACUAUUCCAUUUUCUUUGGCAUAAUAGAGUCCAUCAAUGGACAGAUGAGACUCGUGGUUGUCCAAAAGGUAUAAACAGGGCUUCUUCUUUGAGCACCUCGUUUGCUUGACGAAAUGUUUCAGGAAGUCAACAAAGUGCACAUCUUUCAUCUACCCAGAGAGAUUUGCCCCUCCUUUGCUGCCAGGUGGCCCGUUUAUCAGGAAAUUAUUGUGGAAGUUGACACGGGGAAUAUAAAAUAUGGAGGUAUACUAUUCCUUGUGGCUGAGACGGCACAGGCCAGUGUGACAAGGGUUCCCCUUUCAGCGGAGGUCAGUGACCCUACUUGUUUGAAUCCACGUCUGCCCACCACUUUGUCAGGUUUAUGUUCAGUGGUCACCCCAGUUUCAUCGACAUUCCAUAUGUCUCCUGGUCCAAAUUGUUAUUUCUGUAGCACUUCUGCGACAUUGUCGAAGAAAGCAUUAACAUUUUAUCUGUUGAAGCUACUUGCCCUGGCAAGGCUAGUUACCUCUGGCUUUCUCAGUGACAGCGUUGGGUGCCGCUUUAAGAAGCCUGUAAACCACUCCGAGCUGGCCUUUUCCUUUUCUGCCCACAUUGGCGCGAACUUCAGCUGGUGUGCCACAGCAAACUGGUAGGCAAGUCUUCUGACCUCACUUGGCGACAGACCAAAAUAAACGUAAGCUGACCUAAUAAUAUACUGAACAAGCUGCAUCUCCAAAUCAGCUGAAAAAACCUGCCGUGGCUUUGUAUAGCCUACCACGGUUGUUGGCAUGGCUGUCUGACUUUCAACUUCUUUUCUGGUAAACUUUGACAAUACCUAGUCAGAAUAUGGUAAUUUAUGGCAAAAUCCUUCUCUGUACUCUUGAUUUGAUUUGUUCUGCAACUUCACCUGCCUCACUGCCUUUAACAUUAUGCCAGGUCGUGUGCUGCCAUUCUGUCUUUAUUUUAUCAUUUCUAACCUUUCCUUCCUUCCUUCCUUCCUUCCUUC